UAUACAUUUACUUGCAUUCCCACCAGCAGCUCAGCAGGACAGCUCAUUGAUAAACUCGGACAGUGGAUUCUUCAUGGUCUGAGGUAGAAGGCUGAGUGAUGGGGUCAUAUCCAGCCCUGGCGUUCAUCCUGCUGUUUUCAGCGACCCUGCCUUCCAGUUGUGAUGGUGGAAAAGUGCUGGUUUAUCCGGUAGAUGGGAGCCACUGGCUAAACAUGAAAAUCCUGUUGGAGGCGCUUCAUUCAAAGGGCCAUCAGAUCACGGUUAUUCGUUCCUCCACCAGCUGGUACGUUUCAGAAUUCUCCCAACAUUACACCUCCAUCACUGUCAUCCAGGAACAAUCCCAAAACUUAGAGAGCCAAGACUUCAUGACCUCUUUCCUGAAGAGGUCGAUAGAGAUCCGUCGGAAUAAAGGCUCACUAUGGGCGCUCCUUGAGUUUUAUAGGAAUAUUUUCAACAUGAUGGGGGAGAACCAGAAAGUUGUGGCACAACUGGUUGUCAGCAUCUUCGAGAAUAAGACACUUAUUAAGGAGCUGCAGGAAACUGGAUAUGAUAUGUUUCUGACUGACCCUGCAUUUCCAGGUGGAGUGCUGUUAGCACACUAUCUCAAGCUUCCCUUGGUUUUCAAUGUACGUUGGCUUUUCAAUGGCGAGGGACACUUUGCCAUUGCUCCAUCACCUCUUUCCUAUGUCCCUGCAUUGUUCUCUGACCACUCUGACAAAAUGGACUUUUUCCAGAGAAUCUACAACAUAUUCCGGCAAAGUGCAAUGACUUACAUGUACCACUAUGUCUCGAAUCCACCUUACCAGGCUGUGUGUGAUCAUUAUUUUGGACCUGAUGUCAGCGCCCUGUCUCUCAUCCAGGGUGCUGAUCUCUGGCUAAUGCGGGUUGACUUUACAUUUGAGUUUCCUCGUCCCACCAUGCCCAAUGUUGUCUACAUCGGAGGCUUCCAAGGAAAGCCCUCCAAGCCUCUUUCAUCAGAUUUGGAGGAAUUUGUGCAGAGUUCUGGUGAGCAUGGGGUGAUUGUAAUGACUCUGGGGACCCUGCUUAGCGACCUGGGCCCUGAUAUAUCGGAGAUAAUCGCCUCAGCAUUUGCAAACCUCCCCCAAAAGGUUGUGUGGAGACACUUGGGGAAAAGACCAAAAUCUCUGGGAAACAAUACCAUGCUGGUUGAAUGGCUGCCUCAAAAUGAUCUUCUAGGUCACCCUAAAACCAAGGUUUUUGUCACGCAUGGGGGUACUAAUGGAAUUUACGAGGCCAUAUACCACGGUGUCCCAGUUCUGGGCAUUCCUCUCAUCUUUGACCAGUACGACAACAUGGUGCGUCUGAAGUCCCGGGAAGUGGCCGAGAUUGUAGAAGUGACAACCUUGGAAGUUGAGUCCAUGACUAGUGCUCUGAAGAAUAUUCUGGACCCAAAGAAACCAUACAAACAGAACAUGGUUAAACUGUCACAGCUUCAUCUUGACAAACCAAUGAAACCCAUAGACAGUGCCGUUUUCUGGAUGGAGUUCGUCAUGAGGCACAAGGGUGCAGCCCAUCUGCGCACAGAGUCAUACAAGUUGCCAUGGUAUGCCUAUCACUGUCUAGAUGUGAUAGCAGUCUUUGUAGCAUUUGGUUUACUGAUCAUUGCUUUAGUUUGGGUAUCUUGUAGAUGUCUCAUUGGAUGUUUGAUAAAGACCAAGAAGUCCACAUCAAAGUCAAAGAAUGAAUAGAUAACCGCAUGAUGAUGUUGUGAGCUGUAGAGUUGAUAAGAGUGAGAUAAAACAUCUGUAAAUUACAGUGGGACAGAAACUAUGAAAUAAUAAAUGACAUUACAUGUUACUUGUUAGACACUUUUAUCCAAAGCAACUUACAUACUCAAUACUGUGGGCAAUCCCCACAGGAGCAAUUUGGGGUGAAGUGUCUUGCCCAGGGACACAACAACAUGCUGACUGCAGUGGGGUUUGAACCUGUGACCCCCCUGAUCCCAACACCAAGGCUCUAUCCACUGCGCCACACGCCCCGCCAUUAAAUAACAUUAAUAUAUCAGUAGGAUAGUGUUGUUAAGUCUUAUUCAUAAUAACUUUAAACUGUUCAAAUCAUUAGCACUAUUCAAUCUACUGAAAUGUAUUUUUGAAGAAAAUAAAAAUGGGAUCUUUGCAUAAUUAACAUGCAGUAUAGUGUUUCAUGAACUAGUUUUACAAUGUUGCUUUCCCCUCUUUCUGACAAUUAAUUAUCAUCAGUUUGUAUGUUGCAAUGCCUGUGAAAAGUUACAAAAAUAAUAAAUUGAUUGACGAUGUUUCUUUUUUU